AGGUGUUUAUGAUGAAAUUACUGGUGCUGUUUUCAAUGAACUAGGUGGAGUUUUUUUUGUUUAUGGAUUUGGAGGUACAGGAAAAACGUUUAUUUGGAAAACACUUUCAGCUGCUAUUAGAUCUAGAGGAGAUAUAGUUCUUAACGUGGCUUCCAGUGGAAUCGCUUCAUUGCUGUUGGAAGGUGGUAGAACUGCGCAUUCAAGGUUUGCCAUACCACUUACCCCCGAUGAGUAUUCAGUGUGCAAAAUACCUAAGAAGUCUGACCUUGCAGAUCUAAUAAGGAAAGCUAAACUUAUUAUAUGGGAUGAAGCACCUAUGAUGAGCAAGUGGUGUUUUGAAUCUCUAGACAAAAGUUUCUGUGAUAUAAUUGGUAAUAUAGAUAGCAAAGUGUUUGGUGGAAAGGUUGUUGUUUUUGGAGGUGAUUUUAGACAAGUUCUUCCUGUAAUCACUGGUGCUGGCAGAGCUGAAAUUGUCAUGGCAGCCCUAAAUGCUUCUUAUCUUUGGGAUCACUGUAAGGUACUAAAGCUCACUAAGAACAUGCGGCUACUAAAAAACGAUUUGAGUGUAGAAGAAGCUAAAGACAUUAAAGAAUUCUCAGAUUGGCUUUUAGCUGUUGGUGAUGGUAGAAUUUCAGAGCCAAAUGACGGUGAGGCUCUAAUUGAUAUACCUGAAGAACUGCUAAUUACUGAAGCAGAUAAUCCCAUUGAAUCCAUUACUCUAGAGAUUUAUGGAGAUCCAGCAAAGCUAAAAGAAAAGGAUGCUAAGUUCUUCCAAAAGAGAGCCAUUCUAGCACCAACAAAUGAAGAUGUCAACACAAUCAACCAGUAUUUGUUGGAGAAGUUGGAUGGCGAUGCAAUGUUAUUUCUCAGUGCUGAUAGUAUAGAUCCUGAAGACUCCGAUUCACUUAGAAAUCCUGUCAUCACACCAGAUUUUUUAAACAGUAUCAGGUUAUCAGGUUUGCCUCACCAUGCGUUAAGUUUAAAGAUUGGUGCUCCAAUCAUGCUGCUUCGGAAUAUUGAUCCUAAAGGAGGUCUAUGCAAUGGUACUAGGCUUCAAGUUACUCAGAUGAGCCCGCGUGUUCUUCAAGCAAAAGUCAUAACAGGAGACAGAAUUGGUGAUAUUGUUUUGAUUCCAUUAAUCGUCAUUACACCGUCAGAUACAAAACUACCUUUCCGGAUGCGUAGAAGACAGUUCCCAGUAUCACUGGCUUUUGCUAUGACCAUUAACAAGAGUCAGGGUCAAUCUCUAGAAAGAGUUGGACUCUAUUUGCCUAAGCCAGUGUUUUCUCAUGGCCAACUCUAUGUCGCUUUAUCUAGGGUUACUUCUAAAAAAGGUUUGAAAAUUCUUAUCCUGGACAAAGAAGGUAAGAUUCAAAAGCAAACAACAAACGUUGUUUUCAAAGAGGUUUUCCAGAAUAUCGAUUGAUAAUUCUGCGGCAAUGAA